AUCGUGUGGCAAGCUAAAACAAAAGCAACAACGUUUCUAGUUACUUUUCAUUAAUUAUUAAAAAUAUUUGCCGUAGUUAAUGUAAUUUAAAAAGACCUGAGUGCGCGCAAAUGUAAUUAACAUCCCGCUACAUAUUAUCAGUUAUAGUGUACGGCUCAAUUCAUGCUCUAGUUGAUUAAAAGUGUGCGAAGUUGUAGUUGUAUUUCUGCACAGUGAUACCAAAGCGGCCGCUCAAAUGUGGCGUUUUAUAUGUUAUUUUUGGAUGAGUAUUUAAUGAGAGCAGCAGCAUGGAAAGCGAACGACUAUGCAUUCGACUGGACAAUCCAGAACGCAUUUUCUAUGCCGGGCAGGUCAUACGCGGCGAGAUUUGGAUGAAUCUCAACAAGCGUACCAAAAUAAGAGCCAUAAAAAUUCAGGUAACUGGCAAAGGCAAAUGCAAAUGGAUGGAAAUCUUGCGCAAAAAUUCCAACAACAAUGAAUACACGCGCAGCUUAUUUUACACCAGCAAAGAGAUUUACGAGCAUAGCGAAACUCCGCUUCCCGAAUUCGAACCGCGCGGCCUAGAACUGUCGCCCGGCGAGCACACUUUCAACUUCAAUGUGGCACUGGGCCGUCAGCUGCCUUCGAGCUUCCGGGGCAGCUAUGGCAGCAUCAAGUACAAGAUGCGUAUACUCAUACAAAGACCCUGGACCUUCGACGAACGCCACACCAUACCAUUUACGGUCGUAAAGAAUAUGCCCCUGCCAUCGACAUAUCGCAGCAAUCCCACUCCGCUGGAGAAGCAAAUCACCAAGACAAUUAGCCUGUUCGGUACACGACCCAUUACCAUGUUGGCUCUGCUGCCCGAGGACUUUGCCGUGCGAGGUGAACCGUUGCGCAUUUGUGUUACCGUCAUGAACAACAGCACAACGAAUGUGGAGAAGCUGCGCUUCAAUAUUUUGCAGUACGUCACCUAUUACAGCCAUGUGCCAUUGCGCGUGCAAAAGGUCGAGUGCAUCGCGAUUGCCAACAAGGAGACGGGCGCGGUCGCCAAGAAAAGUGAGCGCAGCUUUGCCCACGAGCUGCUCAUGCCGGAUACGGCACAGCCUACGGAUGAGCAGUACAGUGGCGUCAUAACCAUUGCCUAUGAGCUGCGUGUUGAGGCUGUGCUGCGCGGCUUCUUUAAAAAUUUGGUGCUUAACUUGCCUUUCAAGGUGUAUUCGCAGGAUGUUUCUGCCAGACUGAGCUCCGUGCGUCCAUCGCUGCCGCCGCGUCCCGACGACGGGCCACCAGGUCCGGAUGACGCUGCCGCCACACCAGGCAAUCCCUUUGAGCCGACCGCUGCUUUGUCUGUGUAUCCAACGCUAGAUUCUUCCAUUGGCUCGCCAUCGCAUUCAUCGGUAUACAGCGAAUGCAGUUCCCUGAACUCCACCACAUCGGACUCAACGCUGAGUCCGGCGGUUGGUGGCGUCGAGUUGUCCUACACAUCUGGCUCGCAAUCUUCGCAGUUCGGCAGCCCCUCGGCUCGAGCUAGCUUGCGCAGCAGCUCGAAUGUGCCCUACAUGCCUUAUUCAUCCAGCCCACUGAUGGUGCAGUCCUAUCCACCGCCACACUUACCACCGUAUCCAUUGCCCGAAUCGCCGCAGUACACGCUGCUCGCUCUGACGCCUCCGCCAGCGACGCCAGGUGGACCACAGCCGCAGGCUGGCGGCGGCUAUAGCCAAUUGCCAUCCACCUCGGCGGCGUCCGGAUCUUUCCUGCAGUCACGCCAAACCGGCGGCGCGCAGGCUUUGCCUCCCUCCUACGAGGAGCUCUUUGGCAGCGUCCAUGCCCCGCCGGAGUCGCCCAAGUGAGAUGCAAUCAUUGCCGAGCCCCUAUGUAGUUCAUUGCCGCCCAGUUAUAUCUAAGCUUUGCCCAGAAAUGCUUCAGGUUUACUUUAGAGUGCUUACAAGCAUAACUAUUAACUAUAUUCUGGAGUUGUGUAUCUCAAACAAAUGUUACAAAGCGUAUCUCGAAUGAGCAAAUCGUAACAAAACGAACAAUGCCAUCAAAUUUUCACACAAAAACAAACAUAUAUUUACAAUACGCGUCAUUGUAAAUCAGCGCAGGAAAUAUAUGUGUAAAAUAGUUUCAUUAAUUAACUUAUUGAUAAGUUUCGCAUUAGACCGUAAGAUAUCCAAAUGUAAGUUUGCAUCAAUUGAUCAGCAAAAACCUUGCCUUUGUGUGGCUGAUUAGACUCGUUUAUACUAACGCCAAUUUUGUGUUCGCACCUUUUUAAAAGGCGUGGUAGCAACAGACUUUCAAUAUCUACCGAAUAGUUAGCUUAUUGGCUUAUUCAUAUUCUAAAUCGUGACUAGAUUUAAACCAUUUUAAUCGAAUAUUUUAAAUUAGUUAAACGAAAUUUACCCAAAUAUCGUUAACGCAAUUUGCCUGAAGAAUCAUAAAGAAUUUUAUUUAUUUUUUAUAUUAUUAUACUAUAAAGAACAAACUUUAAUUUUUUUCCAUGCAGUAUCUUUCAACUUACCCAAUUACAAUUUUUCCCAAAAAAAUGUUGAGACAGCUUUAAAAAAAUCGUUUAAUUAUUAAUCCUAUAUUAUUUAUGACAGCCAACUGUGUGUGCAUUUCAUUAAAUUAAAAUAAUCCUUUUAUUCAAAGUCCUCAUUUUCUUUAAUAUUUGUUGAAAGAUCGACAAAACAAUCAACAAUUAACACUUAUCGAUGACUCAAUGUUUGUUUUUAUCCAUUCACUCUCCCAUUUUCAGCAAAUAUUUGUUGUUAUUUAUUAUUUGCACCACAUUUAAAUAAUUAUAUUUAUAUAUUUUACUCGAAUACGCACAGCUAAAGUGAACAAAUGCAAAAUGUUUUGAUCAAAAAGCAAAAAUGUGAACUGAUCGAUAAUCGGUAUGCAAAACCAAUGUAUCGAUCGAUAUUUGUCCUAUGCAAAGAAAACAAUUGAGUUGUAAGUUGCACAAACCAAAUCGUAACAUAAAUUAUUUCGCUAAGGUGCUUUAUUAAAUUUUCAGCGAAUAUUUUUGGAAUAUUUUUAUUGCUGUAUUUUUUUGACAUUUGAUUUAUAAACGCAAGGGCGCCAAUAAAAUGUUUACAUACAUGAAAUAUAA